AUGACCGCCACCGCCGAACCAGCAGAUCCCGGCAUGCACGAUGCCUCCGCGCAUGCGUCAACUAAGGAGGAUCCACCUCAGUUGACAUCUGUAGCCGCGAACACCGCUUCGAUCCGCCCUCGGCGUGAUUCAGCGCCAGACACGUCGAAGCCCUCCAAGCCAGCGGACCUGGCUCUCUCUACCAGCGACAUCUCUAGCAGCACCAACAAAGUCGCAGCGGAUCCAGAAGUUCUAACCCCGCCAACCUCAGCCAUAUCGAGCCCCGAUGCGUCACAAGCUACAGAGUCGCUUUCACAGCCGGGAAGCAGCCAGAGCGCUGCAGGAACAACUGGGGAUGACAAGACUGGAGAUCCAAGGGCUGGGUCGACCUCCCAGAGCCCUCAGCCGGAAUUUGCCUUGGGCACCAAGCGAACCGCCAGCGGCGAGGUGAAAAGAGCGAGCGUGAACGGACUGGAGGAGGUCCUGGCGAAAACAAGUGGUGCAAGACAUGCGCACACCUCGAGCACUAUUUCAAACGGGUCAAAGGGGAACGUUCUUGAGCUGUCACAGCAGUUACGCACCAAGUUAAAGUAUGCCAUGGUCAAGGUGCAGAAUGGUUGGCAAACGCGCUCUCUCGACGAGGUCGAGUCUCUGGCGUCUCAGUCACCACGAUCUACAGUGUCUGGGUUCCAACAAUUGCAUGACCACCAGGUGCUCUCGCCCAGGACGGCCAUGUCUCGCAAGUACCAGCGCGAGUCGAGCGAGAGCGACUCUUCCGACACCACCGGGGCUUUGGAGAGCCGGAGCCUGGUCACCGAGAGCCCCCAGGUGCCGUCUCGUCGAGCUUUAGCUCCUCCAGUCGACAUUGUGCCUGGUUCACGCCGUCGACCGACACCAAACGCAGCAUACCACGCCGUCAACGGCUCACACAUGCAGUCAAGGGCACUACACUCCAGGCGGCCGCCGACCAGUCAACGAACUCCGAGUCAGAACGCCGCCAUGGAGGCGGAUGCUGUGGAAACGCUUCUUUUCAUGGCCAGCCCCAACAACUCUGGCUACAACCCACCUUCUCACGCUUCACAAGAGUCCUCACUCCGAACAGCGCAGGCCUUCUCUUCACAGACUUCGCCGCUUCGCACUCAGUUCAGCCAGACAUCCGUAACAUCUCCGAAGAAGGUUGGGUUCUCCGAAUCGGAGUCGGGCGCUCCUGCUUUCGACAAGGCUGCUCUGAUCGAUCGCAUGUUGGACGAACUAUCCGACGACAGCGAUGCAGAACUGGAGUAUGCAUUCACGCUCGCUGAAAAGAGUAAAAUGGCAGCGCCGGUGACCUCCUGA